AUGUUUGAGCGUCGCGCAGGGGAUCGUUAUCGCCUGCGAAUGCACCGGGCUCGCUCGGCCGUUCUAACCUCGGAUGAAAUCGUUGAGGUACGCGCCGCCCAACGAACCUUCGAGGGUGCCUACGUCCGAACCGCCUUGUCCCAGUUCUCCUUCGCCCUCGUCGUGCUCAAGAUCUUCACCGCCGAGUUCUAUAGUAUCGGGGCUCUGUUCGCCAUCUACGGCACCGGUGUCCUCAUUAUCGGACUAUUCCGCCGCUCGCAGGGAAACAAGCAAUUCUUCUCCGAAGUAGGGGACGAUGGGAUACACCGACAUAAGUUUCGCACCAGUGGGAAUGCCGUGUUGGUCUUGACAGCACUGAGCGUGGCGGCAUACGCAUGCUUGAUUGGCUUGACCUUGAACCUGAACAACUGA